CUCUGGCAUUCCUUGCUCUUUGCCAGAUGCAGCCAAGGACCCGGCACAAGGGCUGGAUCCUGCCCGUAGCUGCUGGCGCUCUGUAGGCCAGAAGUUCACAAACCUCGCUUGGUGUCGAGAGAUGAUCAGCAUGUUCACCAAGGGUGCAGCAGAGGCUGGCCCCACAGCCCCUCAGAGCAUCCCUCCUGCUCCCAGCCUGGAUCAGUUUGGGGAGAGAGUUGUUUCCAGUCCCAGUCAAGUGCCAGGCUUUGUCAGGAACUUGCACCAGAGGCUGGCGUCCAACGAGCCUCCAGACGACUGGCUGUUCAUGGACAUCCUGCGGCUGACCGAGGAACAGCCCACUGACGUGGCAGUGACCCUGCUGCGGUGUGCCCCGACAUGUGACAGAGCUGCCGCAAUCAUGUGGAAGACCAUCGCCUCGUCAGGAACGGCAACGGAAAAGGUGCUGCCCACACUGCUCUGCGUGAUGGACGGCUGGCCCAUGCAGAAAAUGUACACCGCUGACGGGGACAACAAGGAUGUCUUUGCCCUGGCCGCAACCAGGGUGAUUUGGGAGAUUCUCCGCCUGCCCUGGUGCCCAGAGCCGUUUGUGGAAUAUUCCCCCCAUCUCCUUGUGGCUCUGCUGUACCAAGUUUACACCACUACAGAGCAGAUGUCAGAGGAAGUAAAUACUUUCUGGAAGAAAUGUCAGGAGGAAAAUGGCAUUACCGCCAACCCCAACAGCUUUGUAGUGAGCACUGUGAAGUCAUUGCUGUACCAUCUGCAAUGUCUGAAUUUACUGAUGGCUCUGGAACGGAAGUGUGCCUGGGACACGCUGCUCCGUGCAGAAACCCACCACUAUGCAAUGGGUCUGCUGGCCAGGGAGAUGCGCCGUGUGUGCCAACCUUUCUGCUCCUGCACAGCGCUCCGCCUGCUCUGCCGGCUCAGCAGGGAGGAGCCGUGCUGGGAAAUGGCCUCCCUGGCGUUCCUGGUGGAGGUCCUGGGUUGCCUGGAUUUGAAUGAAUGGGGUAACAACAUCCUGGAGAUCUUGACCAAGCACCUGCUGAGCGAGUCCAUGGAGAUGCGACGCCUGGCCCUCAGAGGCCUCGUGAUGCUCAGCAAAGACCCCUCGAUGGCCAAAAAAAUGUGCAGCCUGUCUGAACCCCUCAUGGAUUUCCUGAGCAAUGAAGACAUAGAGGUGGUCAAGAUGAGUCUGUCUGUGUUCACAAAUAUACUCAUGAACAAGGAUAUCCUAACAUCCUGCCCCACAGCCCCCAAACUGGCUGCCGCGCUCCGGCCCCUCUUUGACAGUGACAACAAUCAAGUGCAGUGGCUCUCCAUCGGCCUCUACAAAGAUGUGAUGGAAUCAGUAGUGGAAAGGGGAAAAAAGGCCCUGAAGCCUCAUGUGAGCGAGAGCCUGCUUCCUCUCUUCUUCCACUGCUACGACGAGAACCGGCAUGUGGCACAGACCUCUCGGGAAACGCUGCUCUCUGCAGUAAACUUCCUGAAGAGAAGGGAUCUCAAACAGCUGCUCAAGUUGGAUGACCCGUGGAGCUUUGCCGAGCACGUGCUGGCAGAGGACAGGAGCCGAGCGGCCGAGCACCUGCGCCAGGCCCUGCCGUACCUGCAGAGCCCCCAGGAGCCCGUGCGAGAGGCGGCCGUCAGAUCCAUUGGGACCGCCGGGAUGCUCAUGAGAGGACAGCGGGAGGAGCUGCAGCUCAUCUGUGAGGCCCUUCAAGCCCUUAACUCAGAUGAGAGCCCCUCCAACACAAACCUCAUCGUUCAAGUCAUGUUGGAUGAAAGAGCUACAUCACUAAGUUCAUCUUCUGGAUCAGGACAACCAGGACAGCAGCAGAUGCCAUGCAGGAGGAAACAAGCUGGAGAUCAGAAGGGAGCAGCUGGAGCUCCAGGCCCAGCUAAUGCUGGGAAAAUCUGAGCUUGCCUUCCCUCUUUACUGGUCCCUCCCUGCAGCCCUCAGAACCUGCCUCUUCCCUUCUCCCAAGCUUUGCCAUUAAUAAACAUUUCAGCUUCUUCACCUCAUUUGUAUCUUUGUGGCGCUGAAGUGGAUCAGAACCUGAGCCCUGCAGCACACAGGCCCCGUCCUGCCGUUCUUUUCUCUGCUGCAUUCUGUGCAGAGAAGCAAAGCACAUCAGGCUGGAAAGGUUUCACACCACUGUGAAAGACCUAAGGGUC